GCGUGCUGCAGUCUGGAGGAAACCAUCCUGUCCAUAUCCCAGUGGACGUGAAGAAUCAGGGGGCAUCUGUUGUGAAGUGGACCAGAAGAGAUUUCUUGCGCCAGAGCCAGUGACCACUGUGCAAAACUCCCCUGAAUCUGCUCUGCCCAGUCCCUGGACUCAGACCCCCACAGUGGGACCAUUCUGGGAAAUGCAAUCAACAGUGUUUGCUCUGAGCCCCUCACAAUCUCAGGCUAACCAGCACAUUACCCGUAGAGUGGAGCCACCUGAGUGUAAGCAAUGUGGGGGGGACUUUGUGUGUGCCCUGCACCUUGAAGUUCCCUUAGUCACCCUCAGUACAAAGGAUACUGCUGAGGGUCUGCAGGGUGGAUAUGCCCUGAGUCAACCUUCAUGCCAGAGAGACACUAAGGAUGUCCAGACACGAAAGAAGCCAAAUACAUGUCAGGAGUUUGGGAAGGUAUUUUCUCAAUCCUCAUGCUUUAAUAGGCACAAGAGUGUUCAUACAGGAGAGAAAGCGUUUACGUGUCAGGAGUCUGGGAAGACUUUCACUUUAUCCUCACACCUUAAUAAGCACAAGAGAAUUCAUUCAGCAGAGAAGCCAUAUACAUGUCAGGUGUGUUGGAAGGCCUUCACUCAAUCCCAAGGUCUUCAUAGUCACAAGAGAAUUCAUUCAGGAGAGAAACCUUAUAUAUGUCAGGAGUGUGGGAAGGCCUUCAGUCACCACUCAGGUCUUUAUAUACACAAGAAAAUUCAUACUGGAGAGAAACCUUAUACAUGUCAUGACUGUGGGAAGGUGUUCACUCGAUCCUCCCACUUUAAUAAUCACAAGAGAAUUCAUUCAGGAGAGAAAACUUAUAUAUGUCAGGAGUGUGGGAAGACCUUUUCUCAAUCCUCAGGUCUUUAUAGUCACAAGAGAAUUCAUACUGGAGAGAAACCUUAUACAUGUCAGGAGUGUGGGAAGGCGUUCACUCAUUCCUCCCAGCUUAGUAAUCACAAGAGAAUUCAUUCAGGAGAGAAACCUUAUACAUGUCAGGAGUGUGGGAAGGCGUUCACUGGAUCCUCCCAGCUUAGUCAUCACAAGAGAAUUCAUUCAGGAGAGAAACCUUAUACAUGUCAGGAGUGUGGGAAGGCCUUCACUCAAUCCUCCCAGUUUAGUAAUCACAAGAGAAUUCAUUCAGGAGAGAAACCUUAUACAUGUCAGGAGUGUGGGAAGGCGUUCACUCAAUCCUCCCAGCUUAGUAAUCACAAGAGAAUUCAUUCAGGAGAGAAACCUUAUACUUGUCAGGAGUGUGGGAAGGCGUUCACUCGAUCCUCCCACCUUAAUAAUCACAAGAGAAUUCAUUCAGGAGAGAAACCUUAUACAUGUCAGGAGUGUGGGAAGGCCUUCACUCAAUCCUCCCAGCUUAGUAAGCACAAGAGAAUUCAUUCAGGAGAGAAACCUUAUACAUGUCAGGAGUGUGGGAAGGCAUUCACUCAAUCCUCAGACCUUAAUAGUCACAAGAGAAUUCAUACUGGAGAGAAACCUUAUACAUGUCAGGAGUGUGGGAAGGCCUUCACUCAAUCAGCAACUCUCUGUUCACAAGAAAAUUCAUACUGGAGAGAAACCAUAUACAUGUCAGGAGUGUGGGAGGGGCUUCACUCUAUCCUCACACCUUAA